AUGAGUUCUCUUGCUGACUCACCGGUGCAACGACGAAGACGUGAGACCGAAUUUCCGGUCGGGCGUGUGCGUGAAUUUGCUCACAGCUUGCUCGAGAUGUGGUCAGCAUGGCUGAUUGUGAUCUACACAAUCACUUGUUUACUGGUAAUAGGAAUCAUCGCUAUUGGUGUCUGGUUUGUUCGAGUGGAUAUGCAACGAUCAAAAAUGAUAUCA